UUGAUGAUAGUGGUCGUCACUCGCGUAGUUAGUUUUCAGGAUUUGACGGCAAAACGCCAGAUGAGGAGCUUAGCUUCAGUUAUCCACCACCAUGGAAUCCUCCUCGCUCCGGCGAAAUCGGAUCGAAUCUUUCUUACCAUUCCGGUGGUUUCUCCGGAUUUCAGAGCUCGUGGUUGGACUCAGUCUCGUUUCUCUCUCCUUAUAAACCCUUCUCUCGUCUCAGCUGCUAAUCGUCGUCUCUCUCAUCUUCCUCCUAUUUCUUGCUCCAGAGAUGUCGAUCAAGAAGAUGAUGUUUCUUCUUCAGAGAAGGAGAGUAGCAGAGAUCUUCUAUCACAUAAAAGCGAUGAGAUUACAAGCACCUCAUCAGUAAAUAGUGGAGGCUUGAAAGAUAAUCAACAAGAAGAAACUUAUAAAACUUCCUUCAAGACUGUUGCCUUGUGUGUAGGCACUGCGGCAGCAUUUGGAAUCGGAAUUGGUUUGAAGGAAGGUGUUGGCAAGGCGUCAGAGUUUUUCGCAGGCUAUUUACUGGAGCAAAGCUUGUCAGUGGACAACUUGUUCGUUUUUGUUCUUGUUUUCAAGUACUUCAAAGUGCCACUCAUGUAUCAGAAUCGGGUACUUACCUACGGUGUAGCUGGUGCAGUUGUCUUCCGCUUCGCGCUAAUAAUACUAGGAACAGCAACUCUUCAGAAAUUUGAAGCAGUCAACCUACUGCUUGCUGCUGUACUCUUGUAUUCAUCUUUCAAGUUAUUUGCAAGUGAAGAAGAUGAUACAGAUCUAUCCGACAACUUUAUUGUAAAGACAUGCCAGAGAUUUAUUCCUGUCACAUCUAGUUACGAUGGAAAUCGUUUUUUCACAAAGCAGGAUGGCAUUUUGAAAGCCACACCAUUGCUACUUACAGUAGCAGUGAUCGAGCUCAGCGACAUAGCAUUUGCGGUUGACUCGAUACCAGCUGUUUUUGGAGUCACUAGGGAUCCUUUUAUUGUCUUGACCUCUAAUCUCUUUGCAAUUCUAGGACUAAGGUCUCUCUACACACUGAUUUCCGAAGGAAUGGAGGAUCUGGAAUACUUGCAGCCAUCAAUAGCAGUUGUUCUUGGCUUCAUAGGAUUCAAGAUGAUCCUUGAUUACUUCGGCUUCCACGUAUCAACGGAGGCAUCACUUGGAGUUGUGGCACUUUCUCUCAGCACCGGAGUACUAUUGAGCCUAACAAACAAAUCCAGCGACACCUAAAUAAGAACCGAGAACUGAGAACAGAGAACAGAUUCCAGAGGAAAUCAAUCAAACAGUUUCAUAAGAAUAAUUCCACAUUGUGUUCAUCAAAGCACUUCGCUGAUGUGUUACUGUAUAUAAAGACACAAAGAAAGAGCAUGAUUUGCAUCUUUGCAAAAUGUAUUUUAGUUUUUUGGUUUUGUCGUUAAAAAAGCUGCAGUACAGAACAAGAUAUAUUUUGAACCUCUUUAAUAUACUUGUCUGGAAGACAUGUGGGUUGUGUUGAGUCGGUUAUGACACAAAAUUGAUGGGUGAGGCCCAUGAUUGCUUUAGAGAAAAGUCA